UUAAUAACAAAAAAAAAACACAUGUUUCAUGGUUUAGUAGUCAUAUUGUUUGAACUUUUCACGCUUUUCGGCCUCCGUCUCAAAAUUGUGUGCAGUGUCGUAGACGGACUUAGAGGGAAACUGCUUAAAAUUUCCUAAUCAUUCUUUUAUCUAAGAUCAAAUAGGAAAUAGCCGACAUGACGAAGCCAGGAAAAUUGAACCGGUCGUUGACGACCAAAAAGAACGCAGCCCCUAGUCAACGCCCGGCAAUGAGAGUAAUUCACUUGGACCUGACGAUGACGCAGUCGGAAGAUGCAAGAGCGAAGCAUAAAAUGAGGGCCGCAUUUGAAGAUCUCCGAGGAAAAACUGCAUUCAACGAUUGGGAGUUGAGUUGCAUCUUGUUGAUAUACUACAAGAUGACCCAAGGAGCGCCGAUAGCCAGGCCGGAGUUUCGUAAUUUCAUCCACAACGUAUUCGGAAUAUCGAGGCAGGACAUCGUCGAGAGGAUAUUUUCGGCUCUGGAUGAACCCAAUUCACCCGGCCUUGAACCUCAGGCGUUCGUCAUCCUGCUCUCGAUAUUUACGCGGGGCUCCCUCGACGACAAGAUCGACUUUGUUUUCCAGGUGUAUGAUUCCAUGUGUUUGGGAUAUAUCGGAAGGGAAGCAAUGACAAAACUGUUAGUGCCGACUCUGCUAACUCGUCGUCAGGAGCACGAAGCAGUCGAAAACGCAAUCGACAUGGUCGACUUGCUGAUGAGAAAACUGGACACCGACAAGCACGGUAGACUUAGCUACACUGCUUUCCGUGAAAAUGUGAAAAAGAGCCCAGCCCUCCUCGAGCUCUUCGGGAUCGUAUUUCCGGACAGGAUGCUCAAAUACGCCUUCCUCACCAGCGUCACGCCGGACGUUGUCAAAUCUAAAGGAAAAUACAAGUCGCGAUUUGACCGAAAGACUUUCGUGUAGCUUCUCGCUACCACGCCUUACUGGUGGCCUGAUGGCCACAAAUUGGCCCCUAGCCUCGGGCUUUUCAGUUCUUUCUGCAAAACGCCUUGCGAGUCAAGAAUAAAAUAAAUAAUAAACACUAAUAUAUUUUAA